UGGAAUUGUUUAUAGGACCUCUUCACUGUAAACGUCCCUGGUCAAGGCUCCAGGGAUCUUCAGGUUGGAGCGGGGUUUCUACAAAGGCGAGGGCCCCAGAGUGAAAUAAACUGUGAGAGCUGAGACAGGAAUUCCUGUCAUUUUAUUGAGCCCAACUGCAGCGCUCUCCGCACAGAGCUCCAGAAACUGAGAAAUGGGGAUCAAGGAAGAGACAUUUUUCUGACAAAUACACUGCAACUGGCCGAUCUUCCAACUGCGGGAGACUUCUCCCAACCCUGCAGGGCGAGGGUAGGGCACGCGAGGUCCUGCGGAGUUGGGGCGGGGGCUGUGUGCGCGUCCCAGCCUCGCCGCAGACAUAGAUGAGCGAGCUGAGAAUGAAGCGGAGAGCAUCGGACAGAGGAGCUGGGGAAACGUCAUCCAGGGCAAAGGCUCUAGGAGGUGGCAUUUCUGGAAAUAAUGCAAAGAGAGCUGGACCAUUCAUCCUGGGUCCCCGUCUGGGCAACUCCCCGGUGCCAAGCAUUGUGCAGUGUUUGGCAAGGAAAGACGGCACAGAUGACUUCUAUCAGCUGAAGAUCCUUACCCUUGAGGAGAGGGGGGACCAAGGAAUAGAAAGCCAAGAGGAGAGGCAAGGCAAGAUGCUGUUACACACCGAGUACUCUCUGCUCUCCCUCCUCCACACGCAGGACGGUGUGGUUCACCACCAUGGGCUCUUCCAGGACCGCACCUGUGAAAUUGUCGAGGACACAGAAUCCAGCCGAAUGGUUAAGAAGAUGAAGAAGCGCAUCUGCCUUGUCCUCGACUGCCUCUGUGCGCAUGACUUCAGUGACAAGACCGCCGACCUGAUCAACCUGCAGCACUACGUCAUCAAGGAGAAAAGGCUCAGCGAGCGAGAGACCGUGGUCAUCUUUUACGACGUGGUGCGCGUGGUGGAAGCCCUGCACCAGAAAAACAUCGUGCACAGAGACCUGAAGCUUGGGAACAUGGUGCUGAAUAAGAGGACACAUCGGAUAACCAUCACCAACUUCUGCCUCGGGAAGCAUCUCGUGAGCGAGGGGGACCUGCUGAAGGACCAGAGGGGGAGCCCUGCCUACAUCAGCCCAGAUGUGCUCAGCGGCCGGCCGUACCGGGGCAAGCCGAGCGACAUGUGGGCCCUGGGCGUGGUGCUCUUCACCAUGCUUUACGGCCAGUUCCCCUUCUACGACAGCAUCCCGCAGGAGCUCUUCCGCAAGAUCAAGGCCGCAGAGUACACCAUCCCUGAGGACGGGCGCGUUUCCGAGAACACCGUGUGUCUCAUCCGGAAACUGCUGGUCCUCGACCCCCAGCAGCGCCUCGCUGCCGCCGACGUCCUCGAGGCUCUCAGUGCCAUCAUUGCAUCCUGGCAGUCCUUGUCAUCGCUGAGCGGGCCUUUGCAAGUGGUUCCUGACAUCGACGACCAGAUGAGCAAUGCAGACAGCUCCCAGGAGGCCAAGGUGACAGAGGAGUGCUCCCAGUACGAGUUCGAGAACUACAUGCGGCAGCAGCUGCUGCUGGCCGAGGAGAAGAGCUCCGGACACGAGGCCCGGAGCUGGGUGCCCAAGCGGCAGUUCGGCAGCGUGCCCCCCGUGCGGCGGCUGGGCCACGACGCGCAGCCCAUGAACCCCCUGGACGCGGCCAUCCUGGCGCAGCGCUACCUGCGUGGCUCGGCCCGUGGCCACGCCCUGCCCCCACCCCCACCGACCUGGCUGGACAGCAGGGAGCCCACCGCCCACAGAUGGGCCCCCUUCUCACCCCCAGGCUCAGAAGCCCCUUCCUGGCGGCCCCUCCACCUCCAGCCCACCAGUCCCCCCUGUUUCUGGUGAUGGGGAGGCCUUUCUAGACUUGGUUCUCUUUCUUCCAUCUCAGUAGCUUCUCUGAGGUGCUGUACCCUCGCAUUAACCCUGGUUUCUUUCUGCACCCCGCACCGUGGUACUGAGGUGACGUUGACACAGAUGUGAAAGGGGUGCCUGGUGGUCGGGCGGGGAGGGGAGCGCUGGGCCGACCGUGAACAGGUGGGCCCUGCUCGCAUGCCCUCGUGUUGCUCCCCGCACCCCUCUGUGUUCACAGGACGGUGGGGGCAUCUCCCCUCCGGUUCUUGCCUCAUAAUGGAUGUCGGGUCUCUCCCAGCAGACCCUGGCCAGGGCCCUUCAUCGGGGCUGUGGGGCUCGUGGGGAGAGCUGUAGGGACUGGCGGUGGGGGGGGGGGGGGGGGGGUCUGCCUGGCUUGAGAACAGCCCUGCUGCCCUUUUUGAGCCGAGAUUUUGAAGUGGAUGCCCGUCUUGCCAGAAACACUGUUCUCACCAGAAUGCCCUUCCCUCCCACUUCUCCCUCACUGGACUUGGCCUUGCCCGGUGCCAAGCAAAGACCCCCUCCUCUGGCCUAUCCCCCCAGGCCCUCCUGGAAAGGCUGAGUGUUCCCCUCCAGGCAGCCCUGGGCCUUCAGGCCCUUCCUGUCUGUUCUUGCUCCCCAGUGGGGAGGUGACCGAGGCCUGUGUGACCUUGUUUCCCAGAGUGUGAGCUGCCCCCUCCCCAAAAGCUGACUCACUGUGAGUGACUUGGGCAAGUUCCCAAACCUCCUUGUGCCUCAGUUUCCCCAUCUGGAAAAAAUGGGGCCACCUCUUGCCAGCAGUAGCAGGGCCGCCCAUGCCCCUUCCUCCCCAUGCCCCCAUCCCAGCACUUGGGCGCCUCAUGCCUCUGCCUCAGUGGGUCUCCGGGAGCCCGCCUGAGCCCAGCACUUACUCCCCCUGAGCACCAAGCUCUGCCUGCAUCAGCGGCCAGCCACUGAGAGCCAGGGUGCCGUGCUGCGGGGGUGGGGGAUGUCCUCUUUUCUAUAUUUAUUUCAAAAAGAAGUCUCCCAAGGGAGUAGAAAUGCAGUCUGGCCUAGGGCUCCCAGCCCCUGUGACUGCCCUCCCGGGAGGGUCUCAGCCGAGACCCUCUGGGCCUGCUUGCCACAGGUGGGCUUUCUCCUCCUUUUCAAAGCAAUAUGCUCGGGGGUCUGCAGAGCCUUCUCAGACAGGCGGGGCCCUCCAAGGUCAGCCCCUGCGUCUGAUUACCUUUGUGGCUAAGCAAAUGAGAGGAGGCUGGGCCUGCCCUCCCUGGGUGUCACACACUGAGAGGUCCUGUUGUAAAGAAACAAAACAGAAAAAGUCACAAAAAAGUUUGUAUAAAGACAUAUUUUUGUACUACAUGGGGACUCUUCCUGCAUGUCAGCAAUAAAACUUCCUGACCUGGAGCCCGUGUGGCCUGUA